CGUGGCCGGAAUGAAUUCGCAGUUUGUUUGGAGCCCGCAGAACUAAUUUCUUUACACGUGAGCGGUUAUCUUAUCGCAUGAAUUCAGCGCCCUUAUCAGCUGGUCGAAAGUGACAAUUCCAUUUGGCGGGCUACCCCGCCGACUGCUGAUAAGCAAAUUAGCUCUAAUUGAGCUAAACCGGCCAAAAGCGCCGAGCAAAUAACUUGGAAUUGGGGGCGUUAACUUCGAACUUCUAAAGGCCUAAGCCGCUGCAGCCUCGGGCGGUUCUCACAUUUGUUAUGGCCAAAAGCUGAGGAACAGCAAAAAAAAAAAAAUAGAAUAUCAUAAUAAGAAAAGUGGCCGCAAAGAGUGCUUAAAGAAGGCGAGUGGACGAGGGGAGGACAGGUGAAACUAGCCCAAAGAAAAGAAUUUCUACUUAUAACGAGUUUUUAUUACAAAAGCGCGAAAGCGGCUAGGCAUCCGAAAAUGUACUAAAAAAAAGAAGACUGAAAUUGUAAAAUAGAAAAUAAAUGAAAAAGGAGUAGCUGAAAAGGUAGUAAAAAUGGGCAAAGCGAGCGAGGCUAACUGAAUUCCUUCUGGGUGGCUUAAAGGGGACGAGCGGCGUAAGGGUUGCACAUAAAAAGUAACAGCAUUUUUGCCUACACUCAAAGUAAAAAGUAGUGCAUUUGCUUGUACUCAGUUGUUGAUAAACGAUUAUUAUAUUUGAUUCACAAACUUAAGUUCCUACAGAGAUGAAAUAGAAAAAUGUAAUGAAUGUACCACUUAGACUGUUUUACUUAGUUUCUUUUCUGGGCUAAAGAACCAUAGACAUUUUGAACGCUGUGUGGUGCAAUGCAAAUACACUCCCAUUUCUUUUCUGAGUGUAGACGCUGACAGAGAGGGCGCUUAAGGUUGGCCGGGAAGAGAGUUGCGGAGAGAGCGGGAGAGGGAGCGGCAGACAGAUGAAGACCAAGACUGCGAAAGCAUGAAGCAACAUUAUUCAAAAGAAAGCCAAGUUAAGGCAUGCACACACUCACACAAACCCACGGGCGAAAUAAAGAGACAGAUACAUGGCAGCAUAAUGCAGCAGCGAGAGAGUGAGCGAUAGUGUGGGGGGGUUGGGUGGUGCUGGUGAGUUGGGUGGCAGAUCGGGCCAGGCAUUAAACAUCAUUCAGCGACUGCGACGCCGGCUGCGAUGCCAGCUGCUACGCCGACUGCGGCAGCGACGCCGGCAACAAUCACAUGCCGACAUUCUUUCAUUCGUACAACGACCUCGACUUUGAUUUGCAGUUUUGGCCAACAAAGAGAGCCGCUUCGGGCCAACACUGAGAGACCCGGCUCGCAACGGCCUCUAGACGACCUACACGCCUGAGCAAUGGCGAAGAGAGCGCCGUCGGCUUUCUUCGGUUCGCCGAACGGUCGGCCAUAGCUUUGCUCGCUCGCUGGCUGCGAAACUCCAUUCAUUCGUGCUGCGCGUCUCGCCUGUGCCGGUUGUCUGCUGUCUUUCUCCUGCCUCUCUCUCUUGCCCAGCCGCCUGCCGCCCUCCCCCCACAAACACACACAAACAGACUCACACUCUGACAGUGGAAAUGUUAAACAAAGACAAAGGCAGUAACACACACAAGCUAACAAACACACACUGAAACAGUAACAAACACAGUGCUCCAGCUAAAUAAGUGCAAAAAUCAUACAAAAAUAUUCCAGACAAAAUAAAAUACGAGAAAAAAAAAGAAAAAGAAAAGUGAACAAUCAGCCGAAAAACUGCGGGGCCCAGCCAAUGCGUCAUUCCCGCAGUCGCUCAAUCCGGCAACAAGAGCUAUCGCCACAGACACGAGUAUUCGCACUCACAUUCGCACUCGCACAGUUGCAGCUACAAAGUGCGAACGACAGGCCCAGACAUCGCACCCAUACACCCGGAUUGGGCAUUAUAGAACCGAGAUUUAGCUCAAGAGAUCGGAACUAAGACUAAGGCGCUCGAGAAGUUAGCAUCGCAGUGCGGUACUUGAAACAAGUUUCUAGAAUUUCAACUACUUCAAUAGAAAGUACAUGGCGCCUUGGCCCUUGGAUACUGAGUAUCUAGCUUAAAUAUGAAACUCCCAACUUAUUAAGAUGUCAAGUUCUAAAGUUCAAAUGCAAAAUGUUUCGAAUGAAUUAAGAGCAAUGCUUUCAUUUAAAGCUUGUACGAAGAGUCUGACAAAGCAAUGACACCUUGUGAUAAACCGAAUUUCUGCAACGAUUUUCGCCCAGUGUAGAUUGGCAGACAGCAGGCAGACUGAAAGCGCAGUUGGAGGGGCGCCACGCAGUUAUCAGUCUCAGUCGCAGUCUCGUUCUCAGCCCCAAACUCGGACUCAGUCUCAGUCUCAGAAACUGAAACAGACUUCAAAUCAGACUGCGGCUGAAACUGAGACGCCGCUGUCGGAGUUGUCUGGAAUUCGUAUUGCCCAUAUGCGAACUCACACACACACACACACUCACUUAGACACCGUGUGCCACACGCCCAUUUGCACACAUGGCCAACCGGAUGUUGCAGCCAUCUUUGUCAUCUUUUUCAAUCUCAGCCUUGGCUAAGGUCGCUCCUGCUGCCAUCCGAUGUCCCAUCAACCAGAAAGAGACGGGAGCAGAAAGCGAGCGAGCGAGAAAGAGCCGGCUGGCUGGAUGGCUGGCUGGCGUUGCCGUGAAGUCGUGAAUUUAUAACAAAACGCUAGACUCGGCGACUCUGACCGACUGGUUUGGCGUGUUGGCCCGGCUGAAAUGGUUUUUUUUUAUGGCUAUAACAAGCAAGCAGAGCCAGCAACAACUGAAUCAAAAGCAUAAAAAUGCCGCAACCCAAAAACCCACUACACAAAUUCUGAAUGGGCAAACAUCUGAAUAUUCGAGAUGAUCGAAUACGAGGGAGAGAGGGAGAGGGGUGGAGAAGCUGCGAUAAGGAAGUGCGGAUGUUUUUGGGGUCGUGCUUGCAAGAUGGAAAUCUUAAUCCAAACGAAUGGAAAUGGAAGUCGAGGAGCACAGCUCAUACACACACGCACACACAUGAAAGGACUUCUUGGGAACCCAGGCACUUCCGGAAUGGAUGGCCCGACUCCUGCCAGCUGGAUCCUCCGGUCUGAACCAACUUGACUCCGGGAUCUCGGCGCAACUCGAGUCGGACGCUUCAGAUAAGACUUCGUUCGUCCGGCGGAGAAUAUUUCUGGAUUCAGGAGUCAGGUAAGCAAUUGCCCCAAGGAUGCCUGUGGAUGCCUGAGCAAACAAUCAUUAAUAUCAAUUUGACUCCGACCCGUUCGACUUCUUCUGUUUAUGACUGGCUGCAGCAGGGACACGAAUAAUUUAUUUAGUUCAUUUUGGUAACUCGCCUGCGGCAGAUGCUCCAUCUUUACUUCCGCCCGGCCGCAAAACCGAUUGCCUCGUUUGAUUCAUGGCAAAUAAACAAUAAAUGAAAUUACCACAUUUGA